AUGAGUGGACUUUUCUUCUUAUACGGUCAAGGUGGUUGUGGAAAAACAUUCUUAUGUUCAACUAUAUCAUGCUCAAUUAGGUCUAAAGGAGGUAUAGUUUUAAAUGUUGCUUCGAGUGGAAUUGCUACACUUUUGUUGCCUAAUGAAAGAACUGCACAUUCAAGGUUUAAAAUUUCUUUGACCAUAAAUGAGGAUUCUUUGUGUAGCAUUAAACAGGAAAGUCCUGUUGCAAGGUUAAUAUCCAAGGCCAAAUUAAUCACAUGGGAUAAAGCUCCAAUGAUAAGUAAGUAUUGUUACGAAGCUUUAGACAAAUGCCUCAGAGACAUUUUAAGGUGCUCAGAUUCGUAUAAUGCUCAUUUGUCAUUUGGAGGUAAAGUUGUUGUUUUCGGAGGAGAUUUUAGACAAAUUUUACCUGUGAUUCCCAGAGGCUCAAGGCAAGAUAUAAUUCAGUCUUCUAUUAAUUCUUCAUAUUUGUGGCAUAACUGUAAGAUUUUGAAACUUACAAAAAAUAUGAGAUUGUCACUAGGUGAAAACAACAACAUACAAGAACUAAAAAAUUUUGCAGAAUGGCUACUAAAAAUUGGUGAUGAUUUGGCUGGUGAUACAACAGAUGGUGAAUCGAUCGUUCAUAUACCAUCUAACAUUUUGAUUAAGAACUCUGAGACAGCUUUGGAUGACCUCAUUGAUUUCGUGUAUCCAGAUAUAUUAUCCAAUUUAUCCGUUGAAAAUUGUUUCAAGGAUAGAUUGGAAGUAUUGUUCUUAUUCCAAGACUGA